AUGUUGACCAUGACACGACCUCGCCAGAGCUGGACAACAGAAGAAGACAUGAUCUUACGGCAGGCAGUGGAAAAAGCAAAGACACAGGGCGCCGUUAGCUGGCACGAGAUCGCGUCCUUCCUCCCCGGGCGAACCAACAAAGACUGCCGCAAGCGGUGGCACGGCACCACGGACACCAAAGUCAAUAAGGGACCUUGGACCAAAGCGGAGGACGAGCGACUUAGUAAAGCCGUCCAACACCACGGUACCAAAUGGGCCGUCGUAGCUUCGGUUGUGGGUACCCGACUGCCAGAUCAGUGCUCCAAACGAUGGAUGCACGCUCUCAACCCGGAGAUCGAUCAUAGCCAGUGGACACCAGAUGAGGAUAAUCUCCUCAUUCACGCGGUGGAACAAUACGGGCGCUGCUGGCAGCAAAUUGUUUCGCUAUACUUUCAUCGGAGAAGCAGUCUUUCAGCGAAGAACCGGUAUCAUCUGCUCCAGCGCCGAUUGCAAAGUGAACCAACUGGAGCGGCGGUAAGCGCGGGCGAUUCAAUUGAGCUGAUAGAGCUGGACAGUGGGAUGGAAAUGACGCCUCCGUGGGAGUCUCCCACCUCUGAUGGAGGAUUGAUAGGCACUUUGCCUUCAAUCUCCCCGUUUCCCUCCUGUGAUCUCUCCGGUGGUCUUCUUUCUGAGUCCCUAGCAUUCCCUUUUCCGUCAUCCGUCACCGAGGAAUACAACCUCAACACGAAUUCGUACCGCUCUUCGACUCUCCUUACGCCGUCGGUGUCAGAUAUUCCACGAAGCCAAUCGCGACCGAAUUCCUCUCAUCGCAGAGUGACAAUCCAGGCAGUAUGCCCUGUGGAUAAUCUGGGAGACAUGUUCCAAGCCGUGACGGAUCUUUCUAUUGCUGCUGUAUUUAAGACGGAUACAUAG